CACUACGUUAUACUAGAUGAAAACAACAUGAAAUAUUUAGCCUUUUUAUAUCAGCUUUUUAACGAACUAGCUGUGCGCUUGACAGUGCCUGGCUCGCCAAGGCACCGCAAGGGAAUUAUAUGGGCUCCAAAAUAUCAACCCACGGCGCCGGGCCCGGCCCCGGCGAUAGCGACGACGAGGAUAGGAUCAGCAUCCUCCCCGACCACCUGCUGCAACACAUCUUGAGCUUCAUCCCCGCCCAGGAUGCUGUCCGCACGGGCGUGCUCUCACGGCGGUGGCAGCAUGUCUGGGUCGAGGCCCCGACCUUCGCCUUCUCGGACGACACGCGAUCGACGGCAGGGUUCGCCGACUCGCUGGAGAAGGUGCUCGCUCGCAGUCGCAGCCACCACGUCGAUGUACUCAAGAUAUCCAUCAGGCAUCCUCUGCACAUGGCCCAUGCAAACGUGUGGCUCCAGCAGGCCGUGGAGCGUGUCCAUGGAAGCACCGGCAUCAGCUUCGUCUUCCCACCGAAACCGAAUGAUUGUUCUUCGGAGUCUUCCGGCGACCGGGUCGUGUUGGAUUUGCCCUGCGGCGGAAGGACGACGGCUUUGUCGCUGGACGUCUCCUCGGAUGGCAUCGGAACCCUCAGAGUGCCGCCGGUAUCCGCUGCGUUGUCCAGCUCGCUUACAGAGCUGAGUCUGAAGUCCCUACGGCUCGACGGCAGCCGCUUCUCCGAUUUCGUGUCAUCUUGCUGCCCUCACCUUAGAAAGCUCUUCCUGCACACCUUCGGCGGCAUGGACUACCUCAGGCUCUCCAACGACGCCCUGGAAGAUCUUGAUCUGGACUUCGCCUCAGGCAGCUGCCGCGGCCUCCGACAGCUGCAGGUGUCGUCGCGCAACCUUCGCCGCCUACGCAUCCACGACAUCUUUGUUAGUUUUAAUCUUGUCAUGGUCAUGUAUCUGCAUGGGAGAUGCUGAGGGCCGUGUGAUGCGGCAGCUUGGUGAGAUGCCGUUGUGGCGUGAAGCUGCGGUGGUGCAUGCAUGUACUGGGAUAUUAUCUAGUUAGUUAGUGCAUGGUUGGUUGAGGUAUGGCCGAGUGAUUUGGUCAAGUUAAUUAGUAUGUGUAUGUAGCAGAUGGAGGUUGCAUGCAGCUGUAAUAGUGGAGUAGUUGGACACGUCCUAAACGUGAGCAUAGGAAACGGAUCAUGGAGUUGGCUCCUGGCCGCGCUAGCUGAUGUAUAUAAGUAUUGCAUUGAUUGAAUGAAACGGAGGCCGUGAGGGCUGAGGGAAAAAAGAUGUAGCAUAUGUGUGUCUCACCGGGAGAACAAAGCAAAGCUGGUUCCUCCCACGGUGAGGUGUGUGUGUGUGUAGAGUUUCAUGUGUAUGUGUGUGUUCUUGUGUUCUUGAGAGAAGAAGAUAGAGAGAAACCACAAGAGAGUUUUGUGAGGGAGCUCGAGGUAGAAGAAGAAGCGGCGCUGCGAGGAGGCGGCGCCAACAUUUGGUAUCAGAGCCUCGUCGAUCCGCAGCGGUGGCGACGGCGACGGCAGCACGGCUGACUCGUGGAGGACGAGGUGGAGGUCGCGCGAGGUGGAGGUCGGCGGCGGCGCGAUGCCGUUGGUGGCCUGCUGCGGUGCGACGCUACCACAACGACGGUGUGAUGCCGUUACAAGGAGAAGACUGGAUGGCGGCGUGAUGCCGCUGUCAUCCGGUUGCGGCGCGAGGCCGUUAGGACAAGGAGACGGCGUGGUGAUGGGAGAUGUCUUCCACGUCAAGAGGUGGCUGCGGCGUUCGGCAAGAUGGCAUGAUGGCGCGUGCGUACGUCAGGGCGGAUGUUCAUGGGGCACCGGCGGGAGGCUAGGUGCUGCAUCAUGCGUCCAGGAACACGACGAUUGACAGCUGUGCGUCCAUGGUGAAGUUGGCUGCUGCUGGCAUGUGUCGUGCUCGCCGAAGGCAAGGUGCGACGAUGACCCAGUGAUGAGGAUAGCAGUGGUGGUGCAUCAACGGCAAGCUCCAUGAGAUAUGGAGGUCACAGUGGCGGUAGAAUCCAUGAGAUGUGGAGGCCGCAGGUGGUGGCAGACUUCGUGAGAUGCGGAGGCCGGUGUAGGUGGCCAUGGCUACCAUCGCAGGAGGGUUCGUGUGCUUAUGGCGAACACAAGUGCAGCGGCAAGGUUUUCGUGGUGACAUGCGGCGGCACUGGAAGGAAUGCGUCGUCCACGGCAAGGUGAUGUUGUGGCAAGAGGAUGUAGGUGAUCUGCAUAAAAAAUUAGAGGAGUUGACAUGGCAAGAUUAGGGGGUUGAAUGUUAGUUUUAAUCUUGUCAUGGUCAUGUAUCUGCAUGGGAGAUGCUGAGGGCCGUGUGAUGCGGCAGCUUGGUGAGAUGCCGUUGUGGCGUGAAGCUGCGGUGGUGCAUGCAUGUACUGGGAUAUUAUCUAGUUAGUUAGUGCAUGGUUGGUUGAGGUAUGGCCGAGUGAUUUGGUCAAGUUAAUUAGUACGUGUAUGUAGCA